AUGCUGCCUACGUUAGUAAUUCUUGUGGGGUCUUGGGCAACACUGCAAGCUGACUUACUUUCUGACAAAAAGGCUUUACUUCUGCCACCUGUCAAUUUUACCAUUAAAGCCACUGGAAUAGCCCAAGUUCGUUUACACUGGGACCCAAACCCUGACCAAGAGCAAAGCAAUGUUGAUCUACAGUAUCAUGUGAAAAUAAAUGCUCCACAAGAAGAUGACUAUAGUACCAGGAAGACUGACAGCAAGUAUGUGGCCCCUCUGCAUGAUGGCUUUGCAGCUAGUGUGAGAAGCAUCCUAAAGAGAAGCCACGUUUCCCUGGCCAGCAGUUGGGUUUCUGCUGAACUCAAAGCUUCACCAGGGUCUUCUGGAACCUCGGUUAUGAAUUUGACGUGUUCCACAAACACUGUCGUGAGUAGUCACACCCACUUGAGGCCAUACCAAGUGUCUCUUCGCUGCACCUGGCUUGUUGGCAAAGAUGCCCCUGAAGACACACAGUACUUCCUAUACUAUAGGUUUGGUGCUUGGACUGAAGAAUGCCAAGAAUACAGCAGAGAUACACUGAACAGAAAUACUGGAUGUUGGUUUCCCAGGACGUUUAUCAACAGCAAAGGGUUUGAGCAGCUUGCAGUACAUGUUAAUGGCUCAAGCAAGCAUGCUGCAAUCAAGCCCUUUGAUCAGCUGUUCGCUCCACAUUCCAUUGAUCAAGUAAAUCCUCCAAGGAAUGUCACAGUUAAACUUGAAGAAACUUCUCUUUAUAUCCAAUGGGAGAAACCAGUUUCUGCCUUUCCAGUCCAUUGCUUUAACUACGAAUUGAAAAUUCACAACACAAAGAAUGGCUACUUUCAGAUGGAAAAACUGGCCACCAACAAAUUCAUUUCAAAAAUUGAUGAUGUUUCUACAUAUUCUAUUCAAGUGAGAGCAGUUGUGAGCUCAUCUUGCAGAGUAUCUGGAAGCUGGGGCCAGUGGAGUCAACCUAUUUAUGUGGGAAAAGAGAAGAAGCUCUUGGCAGAAUGGCGUCUCAUUGUGUUUCCAGCAACCUCCUGCUUUGUCUUGUUAAUUUUCUCUCUCAUCUGCAGAGUAUGUCACAUAUGGAUUAAGCUAUUUCCAUCAGUUCCAGCCCCUAAGAGUAACAUUAAAGAUCUCCUUGUGGUGACUGACUAUGAGAAAGCUGCUUGGAAUGAAACCAAAAUUGAAGUUGUAAGUUAUGUGGAAGAGGCUGGAUUUGAAGUCAUGGAAAACUCCAUGUUUUAA